GAGAGGAGUAGGAGGGGGAGGGGCGGACCAAUGACAGCAAAGGUGUCCACAGGUGAGGCGAAGCUACCAGGUGAUCGGAUCGGGAAGUGAAGUCCAUUCGAGCGCGUUUUAAAUCGACAAUUAUUUUUCUUUCUGAGCUUUUGUCUUUUUUUCCACGUUCGAAACUCGGAUGAAACUCCGUCCAUUGUCAGUGUGACGCGUGCACGCGCGCAGAAGCGACAGCAGGCUCGCUUCGAAGCCCCGCCAUGACUUCGGAGACGCUAAGGCCGGCCUCCGCAGGCCGCAAGCCGCUGGGCAAACUGGCGGCCCGGCUGGAGGAGGUGAAGAGCCCGUGGAGACAGGUGGCCUCGCUGGAGCUGAGCCACAACGAGGCCGCCCGGUUGGCCACGGACGCGCUGCUCGAGCACGGAGAGAAGGAGUAUCGCCGCGUUCUGACCGAGGAGCGAGAGCUCAGUUUCCUGUCCGAAACGGAGAUCCAGUACAUCACCCGGCACGCCGUCAAGACCGGUGACCCGGACAGCAACGGGACAGGGCCGGCAGAUCGCGACGCCUGCGAGGACGGAGAAGACGUCGCGUCGGAGCUCACAUCCGGCACUUACUUCCCUAUGAUGUCAGACGAUGAGCCGCCGGUGCUGGAGCUCGGCUGGCCGGACGCCCCGCUCCGGUACGGGCCGUCGGAGACCCAGAUCUACUUUCAGAGAGACAAGUCGAUCAACGUCAAGGACCGGAUCCGCUCCCUCAUCAACAAGGCCAAGAAGGUCAUUGCACUGAUCAUGGAUGAAUUCACGGAUGUGGACUUGUUGUGUGACCUCAUGGAGGCGUCCAACAAGCGCCGAGUUCCUGUCUACAUCCUGCUGGACCACAAGAACCUGGAGCUCUUCACUGACAUGUGUUCGUCUCUGGACGUCCAGAACAUUCACUUGAGUAACAUGCGCAUCCGCAGCGUGUAUGGCGACAUGUACUGCACCAAGAGCGGCAGGAAGUUCAGCGGACAAGUCCUGGAAAAAUUCAUGAUCAUCGACUGCGAGGAGGUCAUCGCCGGAUCCUACAGCUUCACCUGGUUGUCUGCUCAGGUGCACAGCAACAUGGUUAUGCACUUCUCCGGUCGCAUCACUGAAAGUUUCGACCGUGAAUUCCGCUGCCUGUACGCCGACUCGCAGAUCAUCGACUGUUUCUAUAACGAGGAGGAGGAGGGGCUUCCGUACUUUCCGCCCUACCAAGCCGCCUCCAUGGUCAUGGGGCACGGUCCGCUCCUGAAGGCUAAUCUACUGUCAGACAGGCAGAAAACAAGUUCCGACAACUCCAGCAGCCAAUCAAGUAACAGCAUAUCAAGUGUGAAAGCGGCACCCGGAUUGACCGCUAAUACGGUUUACAAGGUCACUCAAAGUCAUGAUAAACUGGAGCACAAUGCUUCACUGAGCCAUGAGAAGCGAACUGGGGAGCCCCGAUUCCAAAACUUGGUUCCUCAGAACCUCUCAGCAUCGCCACGAGUGUCCUCCAACGGUGGGACCAAUCAGAGUGCGCUUCUGGAGCGCCAUUCUCCAGGUUAUGGUCUGGACUGGACCAAAGGCAACCCGGCGGACGUCAGGUGGCCACAUUUGGUUGUUCCCACCUCUAAGUUUCAGGCGUUAGGACUGUACGAGCACAAACCGAGCAUGUUCCACACCGGUACCACCCCGCCACGACUGAACCAAGUCAGGACUCCCCCGCUGCUCAGCGAAACCAAACUGGGCGCCAAACAGAGGAGCUCAUCUAACCAGUUCCUCAACAAACUAUCUGACUUCUUCUUACCGCCUUCCGGCAAAGACAAGGACCUGUACAAUUUCCGAAAUUCGUCAUCACCUCUCGGGAACAAGGCGUGGGGAGGUCCUGACCUCUCCCAAACAGAACCGGAGAGCCAGCAGGCGCCGCCACCUCCUCCGCCGCCUCCUCCGCCGCCGCCUGCAUCACAGCUGACCAGGCAGGACCAGAAACGGAUGACACUCGGUCACAGCAAGCUGGACCUGGUGAAUCAAUACAACAAGAUGAAGUCCAAACAGGUCUACAGUCGCUUCGAGCUCAAGAGCUCCAACUGAGCUGCGUGGACUCCAACGACAACACCCACAAUCCCCACCUUGAAGGUCGGGGGGCGUCAACUUGUUGACUUGUAGAGAUGUCAUGUCUGUCUAAAACAGGGGUCUCAAACUCAAUUUACUUGGGGGCCACUGGAGCUCGGGUCUGGGUGAGACUGGGCCGCAUCAGGUUUUCCCCAAAAAAAAAACGCAUUUAUUAAAAACAAAAAAAAAUUUAAAACUUUGCUUUGGUUACAAUUUUCUACAAGAAAAGCUCUGAUAAAACAUUCCACUGUUCUCAAAUAUCUUAAUUUUUAUUUUUCUACACAAAAUAAGAUUAAAAAUAAAUAAACAAAUCAAGAAUAAAGAAAAUCAAUCAAUCAGUAAUAAAUAAAUAAAUAUAAUAAUAAUGAUAAAACGCAAAUAAUAAAAACUUAAGAAACCACAUAUAGUUGGUGGGUAGACAAAUGAUUUUUUUCAGAUUAAAAGUAACAAAGCAUUAUUAGAGCCCUGUAGACAUGACAAAACACGACUAUAGUCACAUUUAUACUCUUUUUAUUUACAACAUAUUGCGCAACUGCAGGGUCUUGAGACACAUGCUAACUCGCAAACUAGAGAGCUAGCAACCUAAACGGUAGCCUUCAAGUUAUUUCCUUUAAACUUAAAUAGCCAAAAACUUACCACUUCCACACGGAUAGGGAGGAUAACUAUUAACGGUUAUUUAACCUUUAACAUGAACAUUAAUCAAACGUAAUAAUUUUUUCUGGGUACAUGAUACCGUACAGCAUCCAUAUCAAACUUGCGCGGGCCGCACUAACAUUAAACUUUCAUAUCAAGGCGGGGGCCUCAAACUAGUGUCCUGCGGGCCACAUUUGGCCCGCGGGCCCCUGGUCUAAAAGUUAGCGUCAGUGCUAAAGGACCUCUUGGCUUUUCUGUGACUUAUCAUUUAAUUUCAUAUACAGGCAGUCCACUGUGUUCACAGGGCGCUCACAUAGCUUUUUAUUCAUUCUUAUUCUCUCUCUCUGUGGAGGUAUGCUGGAACCUACCCCACCUAACUUCAGGCGAGAAGCGGGGUAGAACCUGGGCUGGUCGCCAGCCAAUCACAGGGCACAUAUAGACAAACAACCAUUCACACUCACAUUCAUACCUAUGGACAAUUUGGAGUCGCUAAUUAACCUAGCAUGUUUUUGGAAUGUGGGAGGAAACCGGAGUACGCGGAGUAAAAUCUAUAACUUAUCAAUAUUUUUUAAAAUUAUCAAUAAUUUUUGUUGCCUUUCUGCCAUUCAUUGUGUCUCCGAAACAUAAGGCAGACAAUUAUGAUGACAAUGCGUCAAAGAAAAGGAAAGCGAUGAUCAUGGAAGUGAAAUGAGACAUUGUAAAAUACUCAAAGGGAGAAAUGCGAUAACUAAGCAGUGAAGUAGUGUCAUUAUUGACACUGGGCUGGGCCACCCUGCCUGCUCACAUCUAUUGAGUCAUAAUGUUCCUUUUUGGAGAAAUAGUCAUACUUUUCUUCACUGUUCAGGAAGCAAAUCCAAAUUACCUAGAGGACGGUCCGCGGUGGAGUAAAUUAAACAGACUAUUUGGGACCAUGGAAACACCGCAGAAUCUGGAAGAUCUAGAAUAGUUUCUCUGUGGGUUAUUGUGUGUAGCUGCUCUAUAGGAGUGCACAAUUCAAUACAAAGAGCCGAAAAAAAGCAUAAUAGGUCCUCUGGAAGAAACUAGAAGUUUUUUCUAAGAGGAGGAAUCAAGUCCGAGAGUCUCGGAAUGGAGUCCUCUGAAAACCUACGUUUUUGGCAGUUGGCCCUUUAGGCGGGAUUCUCAUAAAACAAAGUAAAUUUUUCCACGAUUUGGCCUAUCAUCCAUAUGAUCCAUAUGAAAGUCGUGGUGCAACAAUUUCUAAAAUUCACGGUCCUCGCUAUUGUCGUUUAUGCGGUUACGUGUGUAAGCAUUUUUUUUAAUAUGAGUUUGUGUGGACUCCAGAGAGAAAUAUGCAGUUUUAAAAAUACCCUGCUAUGUGUGGAAAAGGCCUAAGUAUUGCAGGUCAAGUUUUACAGCAAGACUACUGACUCACCUUUUAUAACCAUUCCUUAGAUACAUUCUGACUGUUUCAAUCAAAAGUGUGGUCUCAGCUUCAGUUACAGUACUGCUGUCAUUCUAAAUCUUUUCUCAGUGCUAAGACAUGCACUUCUGAGUGGCCUGUAGCACCCCACUCAGCGUAGAGUCCCACCACUGUAAGGUGAUAUUCUUCCAAUAAUAGCCAUACUGUAUCUGUUCAGUGCUUUCUCAUACACCUCUGUGCAAUAGCGGCCUCUGCUGCACAGAAAGGGUACUGACUACGUUAGUUACUAAGGGGUCAUACUGAGGCCAACACUCCAAUCACAAAGAGCUACUGGGGAUCAUAAUUAAUGUUUAUACUGGAAUAAAAAGUUUUAACAUACAAUGUUUCAUGCGUUACUGAUAAAAGUUAUGCAGAUAUUUUAACGCUAAAACCAACUUAUUGCUAUUUCAUGUCAUUAUUGCAUUGUUUUAUGAGUGUAUUUGCUAUAUUUGGUAUGUGCUGUGUGUACAGUGUAGGUGACUCAGGAGUGAAUUUAGGUGUGAUUUAGGUAGAAGUUCCCACUUACACGAUUAUGGAACUUGUUCAUAGACCGAGGACCUCCUGGACUUAACAGGAAAGGCACAGAAGUCCACUGAGCCACAUUGACAAUCCAUGUUUUCAUGGAGUUUUGUAUGGAACGGACAACAUAAUCUGCCUCACUUCGCCCUCAGCGGAGGUACUCGUGCAGCAGUGAUGCUGAUCAAACAGACUGGAUAUUCCACACGUUUAUAAAAGUUAUUGUUCUUGAAAAUGUGAGCAUUUGUACAAGCAAGAUUGAAAUGAAAUAAAAAAAACAUGGCUCU